AUGAAACAAACAGAAGAAAAGUACGCGCCAUUGGUGCUAACAGGGUUAUCCAUGCUGAAAGAAGACACACAUCCCGCUAUUCUAGAGGGGUGCAAAAAAGAAACAGGGUUUAUAGGUGUAAAUAACUUCAGGAAAACAAGAAACAUUUUCGGGCUCUCGCAGCCAACAACCGAAGGUAUCCACAAUCUCGUGAAUUUUUAUAAGAAAAAGAUUGUUUGGAUCAACCUGCGAGAAGAGCCCGUUAUCUACAUAAAUGGCCUUCCUUUUGUUCUAAGAGAUAAAAAGGCGCCUUUUUCAAACAUCAAAUCUUUUGUUGGAAUAUCUUUCAAAAGAAUGGAGGAGAUGGAGGAGCGGCUGAAAAAAGACAUCGAGCAGCUGUCGCAGAAGUCCGACGGGUUUAUAAAGGUGUACACGGAAAAAACACCAAAGACCCUGUGGCUCAACAACAUGUAUGUCCGAGAGGUGGAGACCGUCAGAGAUAUUUUCAACCGAGUGGGAAACAUCAAGUACUACAGAAUACCCAUAACCCGGAUGAACAGCAAGGAAUCCUUCAUAUCGGCCCUGGACACUGUUCUUAAUAAAAUCCAAAAGAAAGAGGACUACCAGGACUAUGUGAUAGGGUUUAACUCAAGCAAUGGGCUGGAGAAGACGUCGUAUGGAAUGAGCGUGUGUCUGAUCCGAGAGCUGAUAAACAGCGAGCCAGCCAUCGAAGAGCAGAAACUGUCUACCUUUUCAAGAGUGCUGGAAGUGCUGGAAAAAGUGCACACAAAAGAUAAUCUAUCUAGUUUUUUGAUAAAAACAGGAAACGUUGUGCCUAUCUUGGAAAAAGCCAUAAAAGGAAAAUAUACGAUAAUAGAGCGGCUGAUCCAUGCAAUGAACCUGGCAGACAUCAAGCCCUUUGUGAAUAUGAUUUUCAGCGAGAUAGAGUACAAUAUUCUCCCUGCCUUGCUGGAGAACGUUCUUACAUUCCAGUGCUACAGAAACAGAGAAUCACUAAAAAAAUCAGGCGUUCUUUUGGAAAGAUACAUUUCACUGGUUCUGUAUGCCAUAUACAGGAAAGAAGGUAUAGAGCACUCGUUCAUAGACUGGAUCACUGGCUCGCCAAUCAUCCAGGGAGUGAUCAAUGAGGUGGCAAUUAAAAGCCCAAAUAAAAAUAUAUUUCUUCCCGCUGUUAUCAACCAGAAAAGCAGCACCGACGAGGAGUGGACAGCCAUCAUAGGCGCAAGCACAGUUCUCCGGGCAGACAAAGAUCAAAACGAGAUACUCGCAAAAAAAGUUCUGAAAGCUGAAAAAGAGAAAGAUCUGAUUAUUGAAAUGCACCAGCCCAAUAUUGACACAGACUUGUCUUUUUUGAAAACUCCUGCCAUAUGGAUCAACUUAAGAGCCGAGCCAAUUGUCUAUAUAGAGGGAGUGCCUCACUCGGAGAGAGAAAGAAUAGAGCCAAACCAUAACAUAAAAGCACCAUCGGGCAUAACAGAUGAACUUGUGAACAACCAGGAAGAAAUACUCAUACGAAGGAUCCAGAACGAGGGAAGCCAGCUGCAGGGAGAAAUACUUUUGUUCGUAACAGAGUCUAACAAGAUAAAAACAAAAAGAGCAAAUGUAAAAGAAAAGAAAGUGCAGACAUGCAGAGAGUUUAUAUCAGAGCUAAAAAUGGUAAACUACAUGCGAAUUCCUAUGAUUUCCAAGGCUCCUCUUAACCCAAAUAUAGUUGAUAUGGUGUACGCUGUGCUAGCUAGCAACAAUGGAAUGCCAGUUAUUUUGCAGGCCACAGGGUAUCUGGGAAGAACAAGAAUCAUAAAAACGCUGGCAGAUGUCAUCAGAAGAACAAAAGAAAUGCAGAGCAAAAAAGAUGUGCUAGAUCGGCUGGCACGGCCUGUUCUUAUACGGUCGAUAGAGACUCUUAUCAGAAUAUUGUGCAACGGAAUUGUGUCUGAAAUAAUAGUGAGAGAAGCGUGGACUCGGAUAGAAGGGAAAGACAUAUACGAUAUGUACAGCACAGGCCAUCUGUCCUCAAAGCAUCUCAUAAAUUACAUACUACUAAUAUCGCUGGCCUCGUAUAUACUCGAAGAGAGUACAAUCUCGUUUAGAAAAUGGAUAAAUCAGAGAAAAGACAUCCUAAACCUCUACAAAAGCAUAGAAGAUAUUGAAAAUACACUGGAGAUAGAUAGUGUGUGCAACCUGGACGAGCAAAUACAGAAGAACAUUGACAUGUGUGUGGAAAACAAAACUGAGCUAAUAAACAGACCGUGGGGACAAGUGCUGACUCCUCACACAAUUCUUAAAAAUGAUUUUUUUCCUGCACUAAGAGUCCUACAAACAGACACAAUAGACAUAAAAGGAUGCUGCAACUUCAGAACAGUAGAGUUUAACGAAGACAUCACAGUGGGCCUAGCGCAGCCAACAGCCUGGGGUGUGCAGUCGCUGGUAGAAUACUUCAAUCCCUCGGAGUUUAAGGUGCAGAGUGUCAGUGUAAGAGAAAAUGGCGCUCAUGAAUACAAUGCGAGAAAUAGAGAAGUGCACUGGUUUUGUCUGCGGCAGGAGCCAGUUGUAUAUGUGAAUGGGUUUCCCUUUGUUCUUCGCACAACUGAUCUAGUCUAUGAAAAUGUGAUCACUGAAGGCAUCAACAGAAAAUGGGUGGAAGACAUGGAGGAAAGAAUGAAAAAUGACUGCAUUGAAGAAUCUGCAAAAGAAGGUCUGAUUUUGCACAACGAAGUGAUAAUCGACAAUGAAGCAGAGCUGUCUGCUGAAAAGGCAACGGGAAGCAGCAUUCUGACUCCUAAAGAAGUAUUUGUGAACCGAACGCUAAAGUACUAUCGAAUGCCAAUAUCAGACGAGCAAACGCCUCUACCUGAAAUAUUCGAUGAACUGCACAAAAUAAUUUUGUCCAUUCCAAAGCCCAGAAUUCUCGUGUUUUCUUGCCAGAUGGGCAGAGGUAGAACUACAACGGGCAUGGUGAUAGCACGUCUUAUUGCCUUCACAGAGAGCCUUAACGAAGCUUCUUCAGAUAGCAGAAAGAGAAUACUGGAGGAGAAAAGAUCUCAGGUAGUAUAUGAAGACCAGUACAGAGUCAUAUCAAAACUCAUACAAGUGCUCCCGAUGGGCCGAGAGAGCAAAAACCUGGUGGACUCCAUCAUUAAGGAGUGCAGCCACAUCCAGAACAUAUACGAAGCAAUUGCGCAGCGUAAGGACAACACUGGAUAUCUGAUAAGAUACUUUUAUCUUGUGUGCUUUGGCUCUUUCCUCUUGGAGAAAGAAGAGAAAACAUUUGCUAGGUAUCUUAGCGAUAGAAUAGAAAUAGAUGUGAUUGCCAACGAAAGAGAAUACUAG